AUGGUGGAGCUCCAGGCAGCAAUUGACCAGGUAAAACGCAAGGUACCAGGACCAGGUGGGAUCUCCUAUGAACUGUUCAAUAACGUGGAUGUCCCUGUACUGCAGUGGCUGCUGAACAUGCCUAACGCCAUCUGGACGACCGGAGAGCUGCCUGAAUUGUUGAAGCAUGCCGAAGUUGUGAUGAUACCGAAGCCGGGAAAGCACCUGAGCAACCUCUUUAUUCUUCGUCUGAUUGCUCUUACGUGUACCUUGUGCAAGCUUCUUGAACGCAUGUUGGUGUCGCGCAUCUCCUGGUGGCUGGAAAAGCACGCAUGCUACCACCCGGCCCAGAUUCGACUUCAACCGCAUUUGGGCACAGAAGAUGGCCUAGAUUAUUUGACGUCCAUGGUGCUUGUUGGAAGAAGAUCAAGCAGCAUUUGA